AUGGAGACUCCCAAGAUGCCUGGAUACCCAGGCUGGGAUGUGAACGACUGGCUGAAAGAGGACUCCUUGGAUGAGGACACUGGGAUUCAAAAUAACAGAACCAGCAACAAUGCUACCUUUUUCGAUACGACUUCUGCAGCCAGGUUCCAGUCUGGGUCCACGCACCCGAGCCCCAGAAUGCCGCCGCCUGCGGUACCCGAUAUGCCUUGCAUCCCUGUCACGCCUGUGCAAGUGCCUUACGAUGAAUGCAACCUCGCAGAGACUGAUAUGUGUUACGUUGAAGAAGAGGAGGAAGAGGAGAGCGAAGAAGUGUGUUAUCGGCCAAAAUGCUCGAGUGCUGCAGCUCAAAGGAAUCAGUACAUGAGCUUGCCUUCGAAUCUGGUCCUGUCGAAGCCAGCCGGAGAAAACCCGCCGAUCGGGGUAUUCCCAGGUCCCCGGCCCCGAACCCUUCACCUCCGGCUUCUCGACGAAAUGGAGCGCGUUUGCUCCGUGUACAGUGCUCUCAAGGGUCGUCGCGAGGAAAUAAUUGCUCUCGGCCAAGCUGCGGAUCUUCAGGAAUCUAUCACAUGUCUCGAAUCUGACGUGGCACAGAUGGAAAAUGUUCGCGACGCUCUCAAGUCUGUCAACGAAGCUGUGUGUCACGAACUCAAGAUCUCUGGGGGAUUCGCGGCUUCCAAAUUUGGCAACGCUGGCAUGAUUUCGCGCGAAGUUUUGGCCGAACAGCGGAAGCAAAUGGCUCAAGUUAGGGAAGAGCGGCUGAACCGGGUGCGAACCGCGAUUGAUUCUCUCAUGUCGUCUGACAAACUCACUGAGGAAGCCUAUGAGGCCAUCAAGCUGCUGCAGAAGUGUCCGGAGGAGUGCGCGGAGGAACAACGUCGGACUGCACUGUCGUUGAACCUGAACUUACUCAAGGUUUCUGACGACGCAUUUUGCAAAGCUGUCAUGAGCAUUGACUGGAUUCUCGCCUCGUUCUGCUCCAAGGAAGCUAUUGCAGGGAAUCUGCUUCGAGCAGUGGACUCCUUCAUUGCCAGCAGCGAAGAAUCCAAUCCCCGGCUGAUGCAACUCCUCAAGUUGACCAACACUGCCAACAAACCCGAACUUCGCGGUUUAUUGGAAACUGAACAAGCCCAGUUGCUUAAAUCUCUGAGGAAGUCCCGCGAAUGCUUGUUGCGAGCCCGAGAGGCCUUCGUGUCUAAGUUCCAGCCGAUUCCAGCCAUUCAUCCCCAAAAGUCUGAUUAUCCCAAAGGUGGUUCAAGAAGAUCGUCCUCCAAAAUGAGUGGUAGUCCUGGUGGAACAUGUCAACAGAAACGAUGUCUUCGAAGAGAUGAUAUGAAUGACAUCGUGAACCCAUUGACCGUCAGGAACAUCAAGAGAGCCGGGCGUUUUUGAAAGCUUUCUUCGUAUUUUCGAUUACGUUUCUUUUGUCUAUUCUCUUUCUAUAAACGCGUUCUCUUCUGUUUACCGCAUUCACUCAAAUGUAAAAAUCAGUCAUAAUAAAUUAUUUGACGAAA